UGUAUAAUACCCUUUGCUAAAAUUUAAAAUAGCUUUUAAAGUGACACAACUUAUGGAAGCAUAUUUAGAAAAUGCAAGCUAAUUUUGCUAUUGUGCAGAUAAAAUUAGAGGUGGUGAAAAAUAUAACGGUUCUAGUGGGACCAAGGGGGUUUUGAUUUUCUAAUUGCAAUAAAAUAUAUAUGGCACUUACAAGAGCAUGAAAGCUUUUUCUUUUUUUCUUCCUCAGCAUAUGUGACCGUGUAUGGAGAAAUGCCAUAUUAUGAAGAGAUGCUCACUUCACCUCGUGUUUACGUAGAAGAAAUUCAUCCACGCUGUCACUAGAUGAUUCUCACUCAUUACAAUGGCACCAUGAUGACUUUACAGAUUACAGAGACCUUGAUCUAACGCCUUUAUGCGACUAUUGAAUAAUUGGAAGACAACUUGUGACUUUAGCCCAGUGACAUUAUGCUAGGUUUUGUCAUAGCGGUUUCUUUAAAGAUGAACAAUUACACUUAUACACACCGUGUACACAGGAAAAAAUUUAAUUAUUCCAGAAAAUGGCAACCGCAGGACCUAGCACGAGCAGAAGAACUUUGCUUGAAAUGUGUGAAGAGGAGGUUGAAGAACUGAUGAGAAAUUUUAUACAACAAAGAAAUUCAGAAAAUAGUCAAAUCGAUGUUUCUCAAGCGGACAUAUUCGAUCCAAUAGUUGAGACAGUAUCAAGAGAGACUGAUACAGAAUCAAAUUCAGAUUCCGAUUCAGAUUCAUCCAGCAAUGAAGACAACGAUCGAUUGGAUAAUUUGUCUUGGUGUCGAUGUGGCAAUUGUAAACUGAUGCCAACUGUUAUCGAAUCUAUUUGUUGCAGAGAAAAUGACGAUAUUGAUUAUCACAUACCUGAUGGAAAAAGUUGCAUUUGUGAACAUCCAUUUCACAUCCAGGAGACUAGCCAACAAUUUCUUGAUAGGGUGAACAGCAUAACAUAUAGUUAUGUUCCAAUGAGACCCAAUAAGCAAAACAUCUUGACACAAAGAGGUUAUCGCAAGCUAGCGUAUAGAGGAUUUUCAACAUGGAUGUAUGGAGAUUUGGGACCCAAUAGAAUAGAAGACCCAUACCUUCCUGUGUGGUUAAUAGCAUUCGCAGUUGUUUCCCGGCACCAGACAAUAUAUAUGUCGGUUUUCAUUACCCGGAAGAUGAUGGUCCAGCAUUUUCAAUGAUUCUGGAUUAGUCCUUUCUAUUAUUAGUAUUGUUAAAAUUUGAUUGUGUGAGUUGAAUUUAAUUGUAGAUUUGAAAGUACUACAAAAUAAACAUUUUUUUUUUAAAUGUUUAACAUUUAUACAGUUAAAUUGUUUAAAUAAAAAAUCGAUUAUAAAA